AUGGCAAUCAAGGCACCAUCAUUAUCGUGCUUGCGAAUGCUUCGGGCACUGGUCACACCAGACAGCAAGCAAGUCUGCAUCUCAGCAACACGCAACUAUGCCACGAAACCAACACCAUCGCCCGCAACACCCACCAAGCCCUUAACAUAUACACCACGCGAGAAAGAGAACCCCGAUGAGGAUCCCGUACCAAAACCCCUAGAGCGACCCAUUGGAAUGCCGCACCCACCUCGAGCUGGCGAAAACACCGGAGUCGACGAUCGUAGCUGGAAAGAACGCAGAGAUGACUUUGUCAACUACGACAAGCAUCUCGUGCGUCGCAAGAAGCUGAGCGAUACCCUAUACCGCCCUUAUUUCCGCGACUUCAGCGCUAUGCGCCACUUCAAGGGCAAGACGUUUCUGUCCCCACAAUCAGUCUUCAAGGCCGAACAUGCCCUCUGGUUCCCCAACCUGCGUGGUCGCACUUUAGAAAAGGACUCGACCAAGAAUGCCGAGAAGAAAGACUUGGUGAAUGCAUUGAAGGGCAAGAUCAGUAUCGUCAGCAUCUUCUCAUCUGGUUGGGCAGAGAACCAAGUUGCGACUUUCUGCUCCAAGGACAAGAACCCGACAUUACACGAAGUACUGGAGCAAGAGAAGGCCAGAGGCAAAGCAGGUCUUGCACAACUGGUGGAGAUCAACCACGAACCCAAUGCGCUCAAGUGGUGGAUCUUGCGAGCUNUUGCUGGCAGAUUGAGGGCUAUGCGCCCCAAACAGGACUGGGCCAAGUACUUUNUGAUCAGACGCGGCAUUGAAGACGACGUUAGAGACGCCAUUGGUCUGUUGAACAGCAAAGUCGGUUACGUCUACUUGGUCGAUACGGAAUGCAAGAUUCGUUGGGCAGGCAGUGCCGUCGCUCACGAGCUCGAGCAAGAGAGCUUGGUCAGGAACUUGAAGAGAGUCCUGGCCGAGGCAAGAAAGAACAAGGAGUCACCGAAGAGCCAGAGGGUUGAUAGUGUUGUCGAGGCAGAGGUACUGGCCACUCCUCAACAAGUCCAAUAA